UACAUUGCUCACGUGAUAAGUGACCUUGUGACCUCCACUGGUUGCUUUUCUCUGUUUUGUUGAGCUAGAGCAGAUAUGAGUGCUUUAAGACUGGCUUGGAGAAUUGCCCCUAGAGUGACAGCUCUGAGAGUGGCCUGUACAGCUAGAGCGGCACCAGUGGCAACCCAGUGGCGAGGGUAUGGCUCCAAAGGACCCCAGGAGACAGACGAGGAGUUUGAUGCCAGGUGGGAGAAGUACUUCAACCAAGAGGACAUAGACUCAUGGGAUCUACGCAGAGGACUCAACGAACUCUACGGUCAUGAUCUCGUCCCAGACCCAAAGAUAGUGAGGGCUAUGUUGAAGGCGGCUCGUCGACUGGAUGAUGUUUCCAUGGCAAUUCGUAUAUUGGAAUCCGUCAAGUCUAAAGCUGCCGGCGAUAAUGCUGUGUACUCACAUGUGAUGGAUGCAGUCAAACCCACCUUGGUGGAGCUGGGGCUUAACACUCCAGAAGAGCUUGGAAUAGCCUAGAUCGUCCUUCAUUCUGUAUAGACUGCCUUUUGGUGAACACUGCAGUAGAUUUGGCAUGUUGUGCAUUAUUUAGCUAAUAGCUUUUGUUAUUUAUGUGUCUUAACGUGCUAUUUACAUCUUCUAAUGGAAAAUUGUUGAAAAGAA